AUGGCGAUCUCUCCGGUACUCUGCAUUGGUUUGAUUUGCCUCUUAGGCGCUGGCUCUCUUUUUCCGGUGGUGGAGGCGAUAUGGUUAACGGUUCCAACUUCCGGCGAGAGAUGCGUCUACGAAGAUAUUCAAGCCAACGUGGUCGUUGUCGCCGAUUACCUUUGUAUCGAUCAGGAAAACGUGGGACUUGGUCCUACAAUAGAUGUUCGGGUAACAUCACCGUACGGGAAGGAGCUAUACAAGAAGGCAAACGUGUCGCAUGGUCAGUUUGCGUUUACAUCGAGCGAGAGUGGAGCAUAUUUUGCUUGUUUAUCGAUGCAUCACGAUCAAACACAUUACACAUUCAAUAGCUCUGCUAUAGUCAAUCUUGAUUGGAAGAUGGGUAUCAAAACCAAAGAUUGGGAUUCUGUUGCUAAGAAAGAAAAGAUCGAGGGUGUGGAGCUUGAGCUUCGAAAAUCUACAGAAUCAGUAAAGGCUAUUAGGGCCAACAUACUCUAUUUAAAAAUCAGAGAAGCACAUAUGAGGGAAAUAAACGAGUUGACUAACAAGAGAGUUGCGCAGUACAGCCUUGUGUCUUUAGGAGUCUCUCUUUCUGUUUCAGUUUUCCAAGUUUGGCAUCUCAAACGCUUCUUCCUCAAGAAAAAGCUUAUCUAA